AUGACGGCGGAUAUUGAGAAUCCGAUUCCUUUAAGUGUCCAACCAUUGUUGGAUUUGGAUCCAUAUUUGGCACAAUCUAAGGGCGCUCUCGAGAACAGGCAGAAGCUGGCACGAGAUUGGUACUCAAAAAUCAUAAAAACGGAAGGAAGUGUCGAUGCUUUUACCAGAUCAUACGAGAAACUAGGGUUGAAUGUCGUCAAGGGUGGCAUUCAGUACCGUGAAUGGGCUCCCGGUGUCUUGUAUGCUGCUCUCAUUGGUGAAUUCAACAAUUGGGAUAGAUCAGCCAACCCAAUGAAGAGAGACGAGUUUGGUACUUGGGAGCUAUUUCUACCAAACAAGCCUGACGGAUCGCCAGCUAUACCUCACAACUCCAAAAUCAAGAUUACAAUGUCAACGCCAUCAGGAGAACAAAUAGAUCGUAUACCUGCUUAUAUCAAAAGGGCAACACAAGAUCUAUCAAAGAGUCCUGUUUACGAUGCAGUGUUUUGGAAUCCUCCUACUCCUUAUGUUUUCAAGAACAAAUCACCGCCAAAGCCACAAAAUCCAAGGAUUUAUGAAGCUCACGUUGGAAUUGCUUCACCUGAAGGUCGUGUAGCAACGUAUAAAGAAUUCACCAAAAAUGUACUACCCAGAAUCAAAGACCUCGGAUACGAUACUGUUCAAAUGAUGGCUAUAAUGGAACACCCAUAUUACGCCAGUUUUGGAUAUCAAAUUAGCAGUUUCUAUGCCCCUUCAAGUCGAUAUGGAACACCUGAAGACCUCAAAGAAUUGAUUGAUACCGCUCAUGGAUUGGGGCUGACUGUCUUGUUGGAUGUCGUUCACUCUCAUGCUGCCAACAAUGUGUUGGACGGUUUGAACAACUUUGAUGGAACAACACAUCAAUAUUUCCAUGAUGGGAUUAGAGGGAAACAUGAGUUGUGGGAUAGUCGGCUUUUCAAUUACGGACACUACGAAGUCAUGCGAUUCCUGCUCUCCAAUCUGAGAUAUUGGAUUCGAGAGUAUGGUUUUGACGGGUUUCGAUUUGAUGGUGUGACAUCCAUGAUAUAUCUGCAUCAUGGCAUUCGAGCUGCAUUUUCGGGAAACUACGAUGAAUACUUUGGUGCCUCUGUUGAUUUAGAAGCUGUUACAUAUUUGAUUCUGGCCAAUGCUAUCAUGAAACAAUUGCAUCCACACAUUAUAACCAUCGCUGAAGAUGUGUCAGGUAUGCCAACAAUGUGUCGACCAAUUUCAGAAGGUGGAAUGGGUUUUGAUUUCCGUCUUGCAAUGGCUAUACCUGACAUGUGGAUCAAGCUGUUGAAGGAAGUUCAGGAUGAAAAUUGGAAUAUGGGAAACAUAUGCCACACCCUCACAAAUCGAAGAUGGAAGGAGCCUACCAUUGCAUAUUGCGAAAGUCACGAUCAAGCUCUUGUUGGAGACAAGACUAUUGCCUUUUGGCUCAUGGACAAGGAGAUGUAUGAUUUCAUGUCUGAUAUUAGUCCUCGGACACCCAUUAUUGAUCGUGGAUUGGCACUGCACAAGAUGAUUCGACUCAUUACAUAUGGACUGGGUGGUGAGGGCUAUCUCAACUUUCUUGGUAAUGAAUUCGGACAUCCUGAAUGGUUGGAUUUCCCUAGAGCUGGUAACAACAACAGCUUCCAUUACGCACGUCGACAAUUCAACUUGACCGAAGACAAACUAUUACGAUACAAGUUCCUCAACGCCUUUGAUAAAGCUAUGCAUGCUCUGGAAACCAAAACUCAAUGGUUGGCGGAUACGCAGGCAAGUUCGUAUGUCAGUCUCCAACACGAAGGAGACAAAAUCAUUGUUUUCGAACGAGGCGGUCUGAUCUUUGUCUUCAACUUCCAUCCCACUGAGUCCUAUACCGAGUAUAGAGUUGGAGCAGGCGAACCCGGAAAGUACAAGGUCGUGUUGAACACUGAUUCAAAAGAAUUUUGUGGUCAUGGAAGGUUAGAUGAAUCGGUGUUCCAUUUCACCACACCAGAGCCGUGGUGUGCGCGUCCAAACUACUUGCAGCUCUAUAUACCUAGCAGAUCAGCUUUUGUUUUGGCUCGUUCGUAA